GCAUUUGGGCCUGGACUUGGUGCCUCGAAAGGACUUUGAAGUAGUGGAUUCAGACCAGAUUAGUGUCUCAGAUCUCUAUAAAAUGCACUUAUCUAGCCGGCAGAGUGUACAGCAAAGCACAUCCCAGGUAGAUACAAUGCGCCCACGUCAUGGGGAAACCUGUCGGAUGCCAGUGCCACAUCACUUCUUCCUCAGCCUGAAGAGUUUCACCUACAAUACCAUUGGGGAAGAUACCGAUGUCUUCUUUUCCUUAUAUGAUAUGAGAGAAGGCAAGCAGAUCAGUGAGCGGUUUCUGGUGAGACUGAACAAGAAUGGUGGGCCAAGGAACCCAGAGAAGAUAGAACGAAUGUGUGCCCUUUUUACAGAUUUGAGCAGCAAAGAUAUGAAGAGAGAUUUAUAUAUAGUAGCACAUGUGAUACGAAUAGGCCGAAUGCUCCUGAAUGACUCAAAGAAAGGCCCUGCUCACCUGCACUACCGGCGACCAUAUGGCUGUGCGGUCCUAAGCAUCCUGGAUGUUCUGCAGUCGCUCACAGAAUUAAAGGAAGAAAAGGAUUUUGUUCUUAAGGUUUACACGUGCAACAAUGAGAGUGAGUGGUCCCAGAUCCACGAGAAUAUCAUCCGCAAGUCCAGUGCCAAGUAUUCUGCUCCCAGCGCCAGCCAUGGUCUUAUCAUUUCUCUGCAGCUUCUCCGUGGAGACAUGGAACAGAUUAGGAGAGAAAAUCCCAUGAUAUUUAAUAGGGGAUUGGCAAUUACAAGAAAACUGGGAUUUCCUGAUGUCAUCAUGCCAGGCGAUAUCCGCAAUGACCUGUACCUAACCUUGGAGAAGGGGGAUUUCGAGAGAGGGGGAAAGAGCGUACAAAAGAAUAUUGAAGUGACCAUGUAUGUGCUUUAUGCAGAUGGAGAAAUACUGAAGGAUUGUAUAAGCUUGGGUUCAGGAGAGCCAAAUAGGAGUUCCUACCACUCCUUUGUCCUCUACCACAGUAAUAGUCCUCGCUGGGGAGAAAUUAUCAAAUUGCCCAUCCCCAUUGACCGGUUCCGGGGCUCCCACCUGCGCUUCGAGUUCAGACAUUGUUCCACAAAGGACAAAGGGGAAAAGAAACUCUUUGGCUUUGCAUUCUCACCCCUGAUGCGGGAUGAUGGCACCACUCUCUCAGAUGACAUCCAUGAGCUCUAUGUGUACAAGUGUGAUGAGAAUAGCACAUUUAACAACCAUGCUCUGUACCUGGGCUUGCCCUGCUGCAAAGAGGACUACAAUGGCUGCCCUAACAUCCCCUCCAGCCUCAUCUUCCAGCGCAGCACCAAAGAGUCUUUCUUCAUUUCCACACAGCUCUCCUCCACCAAACUCACCCAGAAUGUGGACCUCCUUGCUCUGCUGAAAUGGAAGGCUUUUCCAGACCGGAUCAUGGACAUACUAGGGCGGCUGCGGCAUGUCAGUGGAGAAGAAAUUGUUAAGUUUCUGCAGGACAUCUUAGAUACACUCUUUGUGAUUUUGGAUGAUAAUACAGAGAAAUAUGGCCUCCUGGUGUUUCAGUCUUUGGUAUUCAUCAUCAACCUGCUCAGAGACAUCAAGUAUUUCCACUUCCGGCCUGUAAUGGACACAUACAUCCAGAAGCACUUUGCUGGAGCACUGGCAUACAAGGAGCUUAUUCGCUGUUUGAAAUGGUACAUGGACUGCUCAGCAGAACUGAUUCGACAGGACCACAUUCAGGAAGCCAUGAGGGCCUUAGAGUACCUUUUCAAGUUCAUCGUGCAGUCGAGGAUCCUGUACUCCCGAGCCACCUGUGGGAUGGAAGAGGAGCAAUUCCGAUCCAGCAUCCAAGAACUUUUCCAGUCCAUCCGGUUUGUGCUCAGUCUGGACAGCAGAAACUCAGAAACACUCCUUUUCACUCAGGCUGCACUCCUCAAUUCCUUCCCAACCAUCUUUGAUGAACUGCUGCAAAUGUUCACCGUGCAGGAGGUGGCAGAAUUUGUAAGAGGGACUCUGGGGAGCAUGCCCAGCACUGUGCACAUUGGGCAGUCAAUGGAUGUGGUGAAGCUGCAGUCCAUCGCCAGGACCGUGGAUAGCCGCCUGUUUUCUUUCUCAGAAUCUCGCCGCAUCCUGCUUCCUGUGGUUCUCCAUCACAUUCACCUUCACCUGAGGCAGCAGAAAGAGCUGCUGAUCUGCUCAGGGAUUCUUGGCAGCAUCUUCUCCAUCGUCAAGACCAGCUCUCUGGAGGCAGAUGUCAUGGAGGAGGUAGAAAUGAUGGUGGAGAGCCUCCUGGACGUGCUCUUGCAGACUCUGCUCACCAUCAUGAGCAAAUCGCACGCUCAGGAGGCGGUAAGAGGGCAGCGGUGCCCGCAGUGCACAGCCGAGAUCACUGGCGAGUAUGUGUCCUGCCUUCUCUCGCUGCUCCGCCAGAUGUGUGACACCCAUUACCAGCACCUCCUGGACAACUUCCAGAGCAAAGAUGAACUCAAGGAAUUCCUGCUGAAGAUUUUCUGUGUGUUCCGGAACCUGAUGAAGAUGAGUGUCUUCCCUCGGGACUGGAUGGUGAUGAGACUUCUUACAAGCAAUAUUAUAGUCACUACUGUCCAGUACCUGUCUUCUGCACUGCACAAGAAUUUUACAGAGACAGACUUCGACUUUAAGGUGUGGAAUUCUUAUUUUAGCCUGGCAGUUCUGUUCAUAAAUCAGCCAAGCCUUCAGCUAGAAAUCAUCACUUCAGCCAAGAGGAAGAAGAUUCUAGAUAAGUAUGGGGACAUGCGUGUGAUGAUGGCUUAUGAACUGUUCAGCAUGUGGCAGAAUUUGGGUGAACAUAAGAUCCACUUUAUUCCGGGAAUGAUUGGUCCUUUUCUGGGUGUGACACUGGUUCCACAGCCAGAAGUACGGAAUAUCAUGAUUCCCAUCUUUCAUGACAUGAUGGACUGGGAGCAGAGGAAAAAUGGCAACUUCAAACAGGUGGAGGCCGAGCUGAUUGACAAGCUGGACAGCAUGGUGUCAGAAGGGAAAGGCGAUGAGAGUUACAGGGAGCUCUUCGGCCUGCUAACCCAGCUGUUUGGGCCCUACCCCAGCCUACUGGAGAAGGUUGAACAGGAAACAUGGCGUGAAACUGGCAUUUCCUUUGUGACCUCAGUCACCCGCCUCAUGGAACGCCUUCUUGACUACAGGGACUGCAUGAAAGGAGAGGAAACCGAGAAUAAGAAGAUUGGCUGCACUGUUAACCUGAUGAACUUUUACAAAUCUGAGAUUAACAAAGAAGAGAUGUAUAUCCGCUACAUCCAUAAGCUUUGUGACAUGCAUUUGCAGGCUGAAAACUACACAGAGGCCGCAUUCACUCUGCUUCUCUACUGUGAGCUGUUGCAGUGGGAGGAACGGCCACUUCGGGAAUUCCUCCACUACCCAUCCCAGACAGAGUGGCAGCGGAAAGAGGGACUGUGCCGCAAGAUCAUCCACUACUUCAACAAAGGCAAGAGCUGGGAGUUUGGAAUCCCACUGUGCAGGGAGUUGGCAUGUCAGUAUGAGAGCCUCUACGAUUAUCAGAGCCUCAGCUGGAUUCGGAAAAUGGAGGCCAGCUACUAUGACAACAUCAUGGAGCAGCAACGCCUAGAGCCUGAGUUCUUUCGAGUCGGCUUCUAUGGCAGGAAGUUCCCUUUCUUCCUUCGGAACAAAGAAUACGUGUGCCGGGGCCAUGACUACGAGAGGCUAGAGGCCUUCCAGCAGAGGAUGCUCAGCGAAUUCCCACAGGCGGUCGCCAUGCAGCACCCCAACCACCCCGACGAUGCCAUCCUGCAGUGUGAUGCCCAGUAUUUGCAGAUCUAUGCGGUGACACCCAUUCCAGAUUAUGUGGAUGUCCUCCAGAUGGAUAGGGUCCCAGAUCGCGUCAAGAGCUUCUACCGUGUCAACAAUGUGAGGAAGUUCCGGUAUGACAGACCUUUUCACAAAGGCCCCAAGGACAAGGAGAAUGAAUUCAAGAGCCUGUGGAUUGAGCGCACCACGCUGACCCUCACCCACAGCUUGCCCGGCAUCUCUCGGUGGUUCGAAGUGGAGAGGAGGGAACUGGUGGAGGUGAGCCCUCUGGAGAAUGCCAUCCAGGUGGUUGAGAAUAAGAACCAAGAACUGCGGGCCCUGAUCAGCCAGUAUCAACACAGACAGGCACAUGGCAACAUCAACCUGCUCAGCAUGUGCCUGAAUGGUGUCAUCGAUGCCGCUGUCAAUGGAGGUGUUGCAAGAUACCAAGAGGCCUUCUUUGACAAAGAUUAUAUCACCAAGCACCCAGGAGAUGCAGAGAAGAUCACCCAGCUCAAGGAGCUCAUGCAGGAGCAGGUCCAUGUCCUUGGAGUCGGUCUGGCAGUUCAUGAGAAGUUUGUGCACCCAGAGAUGCGCCCUCUGCAUAAGAAGCUGAUUGAUCAGUUCCAGAUGAUGCGGGCCAGCCUCUACCAUGAGUUUCCAGGCUUGGACAAGCUAAGUCCUGCAUGUUCAGGCACCAGCACCCCACGGGGAAAUGUCCUAGCAUCCCAUAGUCCCAUGAGCCCUGAGAACAUCAAGAUGACCCACCGACACAGCCCCAUGAACUUGAUGGGCACAGGCCGCCAUUCGUCAUCCUCUCUCUCCUCACAUGCGUCUAGCGAAGCGGGAAACGUGGUGGUGCUGGGUGACAGCUCCAUGGGCGAGGCUCCCGAGGACCUAUACCACCAUAUGCAGCUCGCGUAUCCCAACCCCAGGUACCAGGGCUCAAUCACCAACGUCUCUGUUCUGUCCUCGUCCCAGGCAAGCCCUUCUUCCUCCAGCCUGAGUUCCACUCACUCAGCACCAUCCCAGAUGAUUACCUCUGCCCCUUCCAGUGCCCGAGGCUCUCCCUCUCUGCCAGAUAAGUACCGCCACGCCCGGGAAAUGAUGUUGCUGCUGCCCACACACCGGGACCGCCCAAGCAGUGCCAUGUAUCCAGCAGCCAUCCUGGAGAAUGGACAGCUGCCAAAUUUCCAGCGGGCUCUGUUCCAGCAAGUGGUCGGAUCCUGCAAACCCUGCAGUGAUCCCAAUCUGUCUGUGGCUGAAAAAGCAGUGCCAGCAGCCCCCAGCAGCUGGAGCCUGGAUAGCAGAGCCAGAGAGGCCCAGCCCUUCCUGUCUGCCCACAUGGGGCACAUCCUGGCCCCCCCAGUGCCUCCCCGAAGCCUGCUGCAUGGUCAUUACUCCCUACACUUUGACGCCUUCCACCAUCCCCUGGGUGACACCCCCCCGGCCCUGCCUGCCCGGACUCUGCGCAAGUCUCCUCUCCACCCUAUCCCAGCCUCCCCCACAAGCCCCCAGUCAGGUCUGGACGGCAGCAACUCUACACUGUCUGGCAGUGCCAGCAGCGGCGUGUCCUCCCUGAGCGAGAGUAACUUUGGGCACUCCUCAGAGGUCCCACCUCGAACCGACACCAUGGACUCCAUGCCAAGCCAGGCCUGGAACGCCGAUGAAGAUCUUGAGCCACCCUACCUCCCUGUCCACUACAGCCUCUCCGAGUCCGCAGUUCUGGACUCCAUCAAGGCCCAGCCAUGCCGAAGCCACUCAGCACCGGGGUGUGUCAUCCCUCAGGACCCCAUGGACCCACCGGCGCUGCCACCCAAGCCCUACCACACCCGCCUGCCGGCCCUGGAGCACGAUGAAGGCGUGCUGCUACGCGAAGACGCUGACAGGCCUCGGGGCCUGCACCGCAAGGCCUCGCUGCCCCCUGGGAGCGCCAAGGAAGAGCAGGCCCGCAUGGCCUGGGAGCACGGCCGAGGCGAACAGUGAGGGGCAAGGAGGCGGCUGGGAUGCCGCCCUCGGUGAGCAGCUUGCCCAACCACUCCAGGUCUGAAAAGCAAGUACCCCCACCAGGGAGCCAGAGAGGCCUGGCACUCAGGAGUGAACCACCCCGGGUCUACGUUCUACUGCCGUGAACUCGUGUGUUGCCAUGUACAGAGGCCACAGCAGCAUGAAGGGUUGUGGCUUCUCUUUUUAUUUCAUUUUCUACGUUUCCAUUUCUAUGGGUUUUCCUUUCUUUCCUUUGUGCAGUAGAUGCUUUCUUCCUCCUGCAGUUCCAGACCACGUGGAGCUAUAUGGAGAUAUUGCACAGAGAGAAUUGCUUCACAGCUUUGCAGGGCCCAGGGUUAGGAGCUCAAGCCCUCCCUCCAGGGCAGAGAUGCACAGAAGAAUGGGAAUUGCACUAGGGACUUCUUCUGUUGCUGUGUGGACAGAAGAGCUCAUGGUUGUAUUCAGGGAUCGCAAGGACCACGUGGACUACAUGUCACAGGUGGACAAGGGAGCUACAAGCCGUUUUGCACAAAUGCCUACCCACCUGCCCACUCUUCCAUUCAGGAGUGUGAGACUGAGGGGCUGCUUGGGCCAACCUGCCAGCUCAGGCAUGUGACCCGGCCUAUCUGCAUGCCCAGGGCACACUGCCAGGCUUCCAUGGGCCAGCCCUGUCUCUACCUUGGAUUUUUCCAUUGCUUUUAUUUCUGCUCCCUUCCACUCUCAAUACACCUCAUGCCCUGCAGGAGCCCCCUUGGUGAAUGGAUCUGCAAAGGUUAUCUCCCACCCUCUACCCUCUGGGGCUUGUGUGGGGGUGUGGAGCCAGAGGGUCUAUCCUAGCCACCCUCCUCCCCAUGGCCCAGGAGGCCAAGUAUUGAGAGACAAGCUGGUAUAGGAGCAAGGCUGGGGUGUGGCAGGGGCCAGAAAUCCUCUGAGUUUUCAGAAGUGGCCAGAAUACCUGUCAUCCAGUUCCUGAAUCAGGGAUUUUCAGCACUACCUCUGAGCAGUGGGGCUGGCUGCCCAGCCAGGUUUCCAGCCCUGAGGACUCGUGGUCAGGUUCAGCAAGCUUCUGGGUAGAGGGUGGGAGGAAACCCCUCCUUCUCAAGCAGAGAGCCACACAGGUUGAAUUUUCCUCUGUCGAGUGGCCAAGUGUAGCCCACCCCUCCCAUCCCACCCUCCCAACUGCCCCUCCUCCCCCACUCCAGGCCCACAGGGACCACCACUCAGGGUUCAGGGUGGGCAGGAGGGCAGUUUCUCCAGCCUUCCCAGUCUACUGAGCAGAGCGCAAUGGUAUCUUUAUAGGAAACUCUUUCAGGUCAGGGCACGGACUUUCCUCUUGGUUUAUUAUUUGGGGGCGAUAGGGUGGGGUGGUAAUAAUAUUUUACCAGGGUGCUUCUAAGUUACUUUAAAAAAAAGUCUACAAAUUUUUUUUCAUUUGCAUAAAUUCACAACUUUGAUGGUCAUAAGGCUGCCUUCUCCUUAUUGAGCAGAGGUGUUCUCCCCUUAGUUUCUCUUCUGCUGGCCUGUCUGACCUCCAUGGCCAGGCCCUGGGCCCUAGACCCCCAUCCCUUCCCCACAGCCCCUCUUUCCAAACAGACAAGGCCAGCCAAGGUGUUCUCUUGUACACAAAUGCCAGCUUAUUGAACAGGAAAUUCCAGCAAGUAACCAACUGGGUAGGAGGACGGCCACAUUAUCUUUAGGGCAUCUGGGGGUGUCUCUCACCAGUGUGGGUCUUUCUGAUCAUUAUAAGGAAGGCUCCAGGCAGAAUGGGUCAGUCAUGGCAACCCCAACUUUGGAGGGCAGGCCUAUGGCAUGUGGUGUUCACAAGUGUUAGAGAGUUGGGGGCUAGCUCUGUAUUUGAAUCUUAGGUAGGAGGGCAUCUUUAGACUUGAGGGCACUUCUGAACCUCAAUCCCUGGAUAAGGCAGUCAUCACAUAAGAACAUUGACCUUCUCCACCUUGUGGCACAGGAGGGUAGGGAGGGCAGUGCGGGUUGUGGGUUCGUUAGGCCUUGCUUUUUUAUGUAAGUUAAGCUAGAUUUGUUUCCCCUUUCCAUUUUCCCUAACUGGAUGAAAGGACAUAAUCCAAAUCCCUUUUGUUGGAGAACCACCAGUCUGAGGGGAAGUGGGAGGCCAGAAAUGAGAAUCCUCUGAAAAGAUUGUGAAAUAGAUUUUCAUUCUUUCAAGCUUAUUUGUAAAUACCUAUUUGAAUGCUGUGUAUUUGUACAGGAAUUUGAGCAAAAAAUGUAUAGAGUGUGAUGUCCAAUUGGUAUUCAGCCCUAUAAAUGUGUUUUUAACCUCUGGCAUUCUGUGCUUAUUUAAAAUAAGAAAACUUCUAACCAUUUCUUUUGUGUAUUUAUGUUUAAAAAAGUGGUUUAAAAAUGAUCUUACCUGUACCAGAAAGCAAAGCUAAAAGGAAAAACAAUUUGUACUAGUGUCCCAAAAGGUAUUUUACUGUAUAUAUUGUGGUAGCAUGUUCUAAAGCCAACAAGUAAUGUGAAUUUUAGAUGUAAAUAUCUGCCACUUGAUUUUUCCCCCUUUCCCCACUCCUUUGACUGCUGUGAUGUGAAUUAAAGAUGAAUACCUGAUACUGAC